UCUGCAGAGCGAAAACGACGAGUUUACGACCAGUACGGCAAAGAGGGUCUGCAGAUGCCGGGUGGCAAGAGACGUCACGAGGAGGACUUCGACUUCAACUUCAACCCGUUCGUCUUCAGGGAUCCCGAGGACGUGUUCAGGGAGUUCUUUGGCGGCAACUCGCCCUUCGACUUGUUUGCCGAUCUGCACGGGCACUCGCGAGGGCACAGGAAUCGAAACGCCGGCAACAGCAUAAGCACCUCGUUCUUCUCGCCCUUUGGACACUUUGAUUCGGCGUUCGGCGAUAUCUUCGGUGGUGGCUUUGGCAUGAACAACUGCACUACCUUCAGCACCUGCGCAAGCUUCGGAGGACCCAGCAACAAUGGGCCCCGGGAAAUGAAGCGAACGAGUACGUCCACGAGGUUCAUCAACGGCAAAAAGAUCACCACCAAAAAAGUCUACGAGAAUGGAAAAGAGACUAUUAUGUCCUACGAGAACGACGUCCUCAAGUCCAAGACGGAGAAUGGAGUGCCUAUAGCAUACACGCCCACGGAUGACGAAGGAGUCGGUAAUCAUGCAAAACAGGGUAGUCCAAGCCCAAAAUUGCAAACGACGGGUAGCCAGAGCUCUAAAUCGGAGCAAGCUGUUAGAAGCCCGAGUUCGAAAACAGAACAGACUGGUAGUAGCCCGAGCUCGAAAGCACAGCAAACAAAGAGCAGUGCAAGUUCAAAUUUACACCAGCCGAGUAACCCGAGCACGAAAUCCUACCAAGCAUCGAGCCCAAGCUCAAAGAUCCACCAAACGACUACUAGUCCGAGCACAAAGUCCUAUCAAACGUCAAGCCCAAGUACCGGGUUGCCAAGCUCAAAGACCACCUACAAUCCGAGCUCGAAACUCUACCCUACAAGUAGCCCGAGCUCGCGUUUGUACUCAUCAACCAAUCCGAAUUCUCGAUUGUUCUCCUCCAGCAGCCCAAGCUCUAAGCUGAACUUGACAGGCACCCCCAGCUCGAGACUGUAUUCUGCGACCAGUCCCAGCUCGCGACUACACACGGCAAACAGUCCGAGCUCUAGAUUGUAUUCUAGCGCCAACCCGAGCUCGAAAUUGUACUCGGGGAGCGGUCCGAUUCCAAAAUCUAGCUAUCUUACUAAAAGGAAAAAGUAACAAACUGUUUGCAAACACUCGCGUGCUCGGACGCGCAAACAACACGCUCCAUCUUUCUAAUGAUUACUCUUGUCCUAUGAAAUAAUUUAAUAUUAGUUUUUUAAUUAACUCCGCGAGCUACGAUGUUCAUUUAAUAUUUUUUUUUCUUUUUUAAUAUUUCGGCUUACAGUGCUGAGUUAGUAUCAAAUAACUGCAAAAAAAAAA